AUGGAAACGAUAGAAGAUGCUGAAAUUGUUAAAGUAACCAAUUUGGAUUACAACCUAACACUUCUUCAGGAAAAGGUAAAAAAAGAUCCAGAAUCGUAUAGACAAGAAUUUUCUGAACAAUUUGAACAUUUUAAACAGAAUAUGAAAUUACUUAACAUACAACCUACACAACAUAGAAUGAAUUUGCAACCUAUUCUUGAAUUAGUGGUGUUUUUAUCUAAAACAGCUAUAUAUUAUAAAAGUGAUGCCGAAGAAUUUGGUCGAUUAAUGGUAGAUAUAUUGACUGAUCAAGGUCCAGCAUUACAUCAUCAUAUUAGAGAAUCAUUUUGUGAAUCACUUUUAUCACUUAGAAAUAGAAAACAUUUAGAUACAAUUGAACUCCUCCAGUUAUUUUUUGAAUUAUGUAAAAUUGAAGAUAAAAAUCUUAGAAAAUUUAUUUCAACCGCUAUUGUUUCGAUAAUUAAAAAAUUAUCAAAAUCAAAUGAUGAUUUAAAACUUAAAACUAAAAUGCAAGUAUUUCUUUUUGCCAAAUUAAAAGAUUCAAGAGCAGUUGUUGCACGCCUUGCACAAAUGGUAUUAAUUAAUGUAUUUAGAAGAGGUUUUUGGAAAGAUAGUAAAACAGCUAAUGCUAUUGGAGAAUGUGUAUUUCAUAGAAUUCCUAAAAUUCAAGUAUCAGGAAUGAAAUUUUUCCUUGGAACUACAAAAGAUGAAGAAGGUGUAGCUGAAGAUACUGAUAGUGAAGAUGAUGAAGCUCAAACUACAAAAACUCUUAAAGAAGUUAUGUGUGCUUUUAGAGCUUCUAAAAAAACAAGAAAGAAGGAAAAAAUGUUUGAAAAAGCUAAAAAAACAAUUUCAAAAGAUAAGAAAGAAAAAAAAGAAGGUAAAAGUAAAUUUUGUAAUCUUUAUGCAAUUCAAUGCCUUUAUGAUCCACAACAAUUUGUUGAUAGAAUUUUUAAGAUGCUUGAAUCGGGAAAAAAUGAAAAAUUUGAAGUCCGAGUUAUUAGAAUGGCUCUUUGUGCCCGUAUUAUUGGUGUCCAUAAACUUCAAACAUUAGGAUUUUACAGUUUCCUUCAUAGAUAUUUAAAUCCCAAACAAAAAGAAGUUACCAGAAUUUUAUUGUAUGCUGCUCAAGCUUGUCAUGAUCUUGUUCCACCAGAUCUUGUCGAAAAUCUUGUUAAAGUAAUUGCCAAUAAUUUCGUAACUGAUAAAGCAUCAACUGAAGCUAUUGUUGUAGGAUUAAAUACUAUACGUGAGAUAUAUUCUAAUUGUCCCCAUGCGGCUGAUGCUGAUCUUGUACAAGAUUUAGUACAAUAUAGAUCAUAUAAAAACAAAAAUGUAGCUAUGGCUUCAAAAGGAAUAGUUACUUUAUUUAGAGAAAUUAAUCCUUCUAUAUUACAUAGAAAAGAUAGAGGUAGACCAACAGAAAAAAGUGCAGAUAUUGAUGAGGCUGAACUUGAAUUUGGUUCUUUAAAAGCUAAAACAUUUAUCCCUGGUGCCGAAAUUUUGUAUGGUGUUGAAGAAGGCAUGGAAAUGGAAGAUAUAGAUAGUGAUGCUAGUGAAGAUUGGUUAGAUUUGGAUGUUGAUGAUAAAAAUGAAUCAACUAAUACUGAAAAAAAUGUUAAUGUAAAUAAUAAUGAGGAAGAAGAAGAAGAAGAAUUGAGUGGCGAGGAAGACGAUGUAAGUGGAGAAGAAGAUGAAAUUGAAGUAUACGAUGAAGAAGACGAGGCGGAUGAUGAAGAAGAAGAAGAUCUUUCUGAUAGUGAAGAUGUAAAAAAAGACGACCAAAACAAAGAAAAGGAAGUUAAAUUAGAUGAACUAGAUCCACAAGAAAGAAUUGCUAAAGCUCAGGAAAUAUCUGAAAAUCGUAUUUUUACAGAUGCCGAUUUUAAACGUAUUCGUGUUCAUCAGUAUCGAAAAGCUAUAAUGAACAAACGUGGUACAAAACGUAAACAAACAAAUGCUGAUGUACAAAUUGAAGAAGAGUUUGAAGAAAAGAAAAUUAGAAGAGAAGAAGGUGAUGGACUUCCUAGACUUAACGAUAUUGAACAUUUCCAUAAAAAGAUUAAGAAACAAUCUAAAGAAGAACGUCUAGCCCAGGUAAAGGAAGGACGAGAAGGUCGCGAAGAAUAUGGUAAAAAAGUAAAAACUGGAGAACAUGUUGGAAGAACAAACCGUGAACUUGCUAAAAAGAAAAAUUUCUCAAUGAUUAAACAAAAAUAUAUAAAAAUGGCUCGUAAUUCGGAGAAAGCACAAACAACAUUAGCGAGGUGGCUGAAAUUUAAAGAAUUAGAAGAACGUGGUCCAAUUUCAAAGAGGCCUGCUAAUGUUAAAGAUUGUACAAAUGUUCAAGAUGCUGAAAGAUUUUUAGGUGAAGUAAGUAGAGAAAUUACAAAAAAUGUUACUUUAAUUCAAAACCCAGGAUUAGGUGAAGGAAGAAUAAGAGAUUUAAAUGAUGAAAUUAAUAAAUUAAUUAAAAUUAAAGAAGCAUGGGAGAAGAGAAUUCGUGAUCUUGGAGGUCCUGAUCAUAGGCGGCUUCGCGGAAAUAUUGAAUCUACUGGUGCUGGUUUAGCAUCUAACAGAGGUUAUAAAUAUUUUGGUGCAGCAAAAGAUUUACCUGGUGUUAGGGAAUUAUUUGCAAAAGAGGCAGACAAUAAACAUGAAAAAGAUUUUAAGAAAGAUAAUUAUGUAAGAAAUCCUGGUGCAGUAUAUUUUGGGCUGUUGGAUGAUGAUAAUGAAAAGUUAAUUGAACUAGAAAAAAUAGAAGAAGAGAUAGCUAAGCAAAAAAUAGAGGAGGAAUGGAAAGUAAGGAAUUCUGUUAUGAAUAAAUCUCAUGAAUUUUUUAAAAAUGCUUUUUAUAUGGAUGGCGAUUAUAAUUCUGUUAUCAAAGAAAUGGAAACAGAAGACUUUAUUGACGAUUUUAUGAAUAAUACUAAGAUUAAAAGAUUUGUCGUUCCUAAUCAGGAAGAGAUGACAACAUUACUUGUUGAAGCAAAAAGGAAGCAGCUUUUUGAAAAACUUUUUGGUGCUUAA